GAAGCAGAACGAGCUAUUGAGCAAAUGAAUGGACAGUGGCUUGGUCGUCGCACAAUUCGUACGAAUUGGGCUACACGUAAGCCUGGACAGGGAGGCGGUGACCAGCCUGCUUCGAAUGAGAAAACCUACGAGGACAUUUUCAAUAUGACGACUCCUGACAAUACAUCCGUUUACGUGGGAAAUGUCGCAGGAGAAGAGGACAUUCGUGAAGCUUUUGGGCAGUUUGGCAGGAUACUCGAAGUUCGUAUUUUCAAAGUUCAAGGAUAUGCCUUUGUGAAAUUUGACUCGAAAGACUGUGCUUGUCGCGCAAUUCUCAGAAUGAAUGGUGGCGACCUUGGAGGAAAUACCAUUCGGUGCUCAUGGGGAAAGACCAGCGAUUCCGAUAAACGUAAUCAGGGCUACAGUAACUAUGGACAAGGUGCUUAUGGAUAUGGUGGACAAGCUACUGGUAGCAGCUACGGACCACCUGCUCCUGCCACUGGAGGACCUGGUGGAGCUGCGGCUGCUGCCGCGGCUCAGGCACAGCAACAAUACUACAAUUACUACGCUCAAUAUUACACUACUGGCAGCAGCAGCAAGGAGGCGCUGGACAACCAGGCUCAGGAGCAGCAAAUGGCAACCGUU